CCCGCUGCACGCCAGCAUCGAGGUCUACGUGGAGGUGGAGGACGAGAACGACAACGCCCCGCUGAUCUCGGAGCCGCUGUACCGCCCCGCCGUGCUGGAGAACUCGCCCAAGGACAUGCCCGUCGUGCAGAUCCAGGCCGAGGACCCUGACCCCAGCUCCAGCGGGAGGCUGACCUACAGGAUUACCAGUGGGAACCCCCAGAACUUCUUUGCCAUCAACGUCAAGACAGGCCUGAUCUCCACGACGUCCAGGAAGCUGGACCGAGAGCAGCAGGCAGAGCACUUCCUGGAGGUGACCGUGACGGACGGCGGCCCCUCCCCCAAGCAGUCCACCGCCUGGGUGUCCGUCCGGGUGCUGGACGAGAACGACAACAGGCCGCAGUUCCCGGAGAAGGUGUACCAGGUCCGGCUGCCCGAGCGGGACCGCAGGAAGCGGGCCGAGCCCGUGUACAGGGCCUUCGCCUUCGACAGGGACGAGGGCCCCAACGCCGAGGUCGCCUACAGCAUCGUGGACGGCAACGCGGACGGCAGGUUCUUCAUCGACCCCAAGACCGGCCUGGUGUCCUCCCGGAAGCAGUUCGCGGCCGGCAGCUACGACAUCCUGACGCCCGCGGCCAGGGAGCUCUUCGCCGUGGACGCCAGCACCGGCGCCGUCAGGACCACCGCCCCCCUGGACCGCGAGCGCGCCGCCCGCUUCCUCUUCCACGUGCACGUGAGGGACGGCGGCAGCCCCCCUCUGGCCGCCGAGAGCCCCGUGGAGGUCAGCGUCGAGGUGACCGACGUGAACGACAGCCCGCCGGCCUUCACCCAGGCCGCCUUCGAGGCCACGGUGCUCCUGCCCACCUACGUGGGCGUGGAGGUCCUGGCGGUCAGCGCCACGGACCCCGACUCCGAGGCGUCCCCGGCGCUGACCUACAGCCUCGCGGAGGGCGGCGCGGGCCACUUCCUGCUGGGCGCCGGCAGCGGGGUGCUCACCGUCAGCAACAGCAGCCUGUCCGAGGGCCGCCACGCCCUGGUGGUCAGGGCGUCCGACGGGAAGUUCUCCAGCACGGCCGCGGUCACCGUGCUGGUCAGGGAGGCCGCGGACAGCGGCCUCCGCUUCACGCAGAGCCUCUACGCCGCCUCCGUCCCCGAGGACAGCAGCGACGUGACCACAGUCGCCGUGGCCCACGCCGUGGGCGGCCGCCCCAACGAGCCCCUGCGGUACCGCCUCCUGAACCCGGGCGGCAAGUUCCGCGUCGGGCCCACCUCGGGGGCCGUGCAGACCACCGGCGUCCCCCUGGACCGCGAGGAGCAGGAGGCCUACGAGCUGGUGGUGGAGGCCGGCCGCGAGCUGGACCAGCUGCGCGUGGCCCGCGUGGUGGUCAGGGUCCGCGUGGAGGACGCCAACGACAACCCCCCGGUCUUCGUGGGGCUGCCCUACCACGCCGCCGUGCAGGUGGACGCCGCGCCCGGGACGCUGGUCUACCAGGUGACCGCCGUGGACAGGGACGCGGGCGCCAACGGCGCCGUGACCUACGGCCUGCGGGACGGCCACGGCCACUUCCAGGUCGACGCCCGCUCGGGGGCCGUCACCUUGACGCAGGCGUUCAGCGCCGACCUGUCCAGCGCCGAGUACAGCGUCACCGUGCUGGCCAGGGACGGCGGGCAGCCCCCCCUGUCCGCCUCCGCGGAGCUGCCCGUCACGGUGGUCAACCGGGCCGUGCCCGUGUUCGACCGGCCCUUGUACACCGCGUCCGUGGACGAGGACGUGGGCCCGGACACGCCGGUGCUGGGCCUCAACGCCUCCAGCCCCGAGGGCCAGGCCCUCGUCUACGUCCUCGUGGGCGGGGACCCGCUCGGGCAGUUCAGCGUCGACUUCCACACCGGGGUGCUGACGGUGGCCCGCGCCCUGGACUACGAGGCCGCGGCCGCGCACCGGCUGACAGUCGAGGUGCUGGUGCACGUGCACAUCGCGGACGUGAACGACAACCCGCCCGAGUUCCACCAGCUCCUCUACGAGGCCCACGUGAGCGAGCUGGCCCCCCGGGGCCACUUCGUGACCCGCGUGCAGGCCUCGGACGCGGACAGCUCCGACGCCGACCGGCUGGAGUACAGCAUCCUGUCCGGCGACGACCGGGCGGGCUUCCUGAUGGACAGCCGGAGCGGCGUCCUGUCGCUGUCCGGCCCCCGGAAGCAGCGCCUGGAGCCCCUGUACAGCCUCAACGUGUCCGUGUCCGACGGGCUGUUCGCCGGCACCGCGCAGGUGCACGUCAGGGUCCGGGCGGCCAACCUGCACGGCCCGGCCUUCGCCCAGGCCACCUACCUGGCCGAGGUGCGGGAGAACGCGGCCGCGGGCACCACGGUCGCCCGCGUGCGCGCCACGGACGGGGACCCGGGCGCCUACGGGCAGGUCAGCUACGCCAUCGUCAACGACUUCGCCCGGGACCGCUUCCUGGUGGACGGCGGCGGGCAGGUGGUGACCACCGAGCGGCUGGACCGGGAGAACCCCCUGGAGGCCGAGGUCGGCAUCCUGCUGAGGGCGCUGGACGGCGGCGGGCGGGCGGCCUUCUGCACCGUGCGGGUGCUGGUGCUGGACGAGAACGACAACGCGCCGCACCGCUGGGCUCUGAAGGAUGCUGUGGGCACCACGCAGUGA